AUGACAGGCAAGCGAAUGGCUUUUCGACGCUUCGCGAUCUUUGCGGUGAUUCUGGCCAAAGCAGAGCCAGAAGUGUGCGAGGAACCUCACCACUUGCACUUAGUACAAAGGCAGCUACAACUGCUCCGAGCCCCAAGCACACGCCCCUGGGAGGAGGCGCGGGCUAUGGCCAAACAGGUUGUUAGCAAGCUCGCAAACGAAGAGCUCUACGAUCUUGUUCGAGGCAGCCAUUUCGCAUGGUACGGCUCCCCCGAUCCAGGGUAUUAUGUUGGCAACACGCCGGCCAUCCCACGGUUCAAAAUCCCGGCCCUCAAGAUGCAGGAUGCCGCGCAGGGUUUCCGUGCAACGGAAGUUGGCACAGCCGGCACCACGACGUCUUUCCCGAGUAUGUUGGCUUUGGCUUCAACAUGGGAUGAGGAUAUGGUACGCUUAGUUGCAAGUGCCCUUGGUACAGAAUACAAGGGCAAGGGGGCCAACUGCAUUUUGGGGCCUUCUAUCAACGUGCACCGUGCGGCAGCUGGCGGUCGAAACUUUGAGUAUCUCUCGGGCGAGGAUGGCCACCUUGGUGCAAAGUUGACAGCUGCAUAUGUGAAGGGCGUCCAGGACCAAGGCAUCAUCGCAACUGCCAAGCAUUUUGCAUUCAAUGAGCAGGAGACGAAUCGAAUGAGUAUGGAUGCCCGAAUGAGCGAACGCAGCCAGUGGGAGCUGUAUUACUUACCAUUCAGGGCAGCAGCAGAGGCUGGGGUUGGCGCGGUGAUGUGCGCCUACAACAAGGUGAACGGAACAUAUGCUUGCCAGAAUUCCGAGAUCCUAUCUGCUGAUCUGCGUGGGAAAAUGGGCUUUUCUGGAUUUGUCAUGUCUGACUGGACUGCAAUGCACACGAAGGAUGCUCUGCGAGCAGGAUUGGAUCAAGAGCAGCCCGGCCUGAUCAAGAAGGUGCCGGUGGUGGGCGAAGUGGGUGUGCUCGCGGAUUCUGUGAUCAAGACUUUGGAUAGGUCAGUGGUGGAGAAUGCAGUUGUCCAUGUCCUCACAACCAUCUUCCGUUUACGACUUGAUCAAGACAUGGGAUGCACGCCUCCGAAUUGCACGCAGGAGCUGAUGUCUGACCAGACCAAAGCAACGACGCGUGGCGAGCGCCACGAGGACAUCGCUCUACGUGCUGCGACGUCAUCCAUUGUUCUCUUGAAGAAUGGAAACAGCCUCUUGCCAUUGGACAAAAGAAAGAUUCACAGGAUCGCAGUCGUUGGGAAUGCUUCGGCAGACGAGACACACCGCACUUUCGUGGGCAAAGGCUCUGGCUUUGUACAACCAGAUUCGUCUGCCAAAACACCGCUGCAAGCUAUCGAGGAGAAAGCCGCCAAGGCAGGGAUACAGGUCCUCAAGCCUGAGGGUGCCAGCAUCGAGGAGGCACCCAACAUCUUUGUGAUUUCAUCGAGGAAGUUUUGGAGUGUUGUGCAAUGGGAGGACCUUUGCUUUCAGAACUUUUUUGGUUGA